UGAUCCACUUAUAUUUUUCGCCGCAAACGCUGGAAACAAUGCAGCCGCUGUUAUAAUCCUUUCCGCGUCAACAGUUUGUAUCGCAACUAAAAUGUCACCCUCGUCGGUCGGUAGCUUCUCUUUUUUUUCGGUUGUGCCUCUGAGCAAACGUCACUGGGAUGGCAUUCGUUUUCCGUAAACAGCGGUGAUAAAGUCUUUUUGGGAGGAAGUCCCUGGAUGACACAUUCGUUUUCACUUCUAACCAGACGCCCUUUCUCUGAAGGCGCACUUCUUCCCUGCCUCUGCUGACAACUUACAACUUAACUUUGGUCCGAGGCCAAUCAUUUCCCAGGAAAAUGUGACUGCUAGGAAUUCCCCCCCCAAACACACGCACACACACACCCACUCUUCAGUUCUUGCCGGAGAACCCUGUGUCAGGGAGCGCAGCUGGAGGACUCAUGGUGAUGGAUCCGCACUAAGGAUUAUUUGGGAUCGUUUUUUUAACGCUCCGGCGUCAACUUGGUGGAGAGAUGCUGCUUUGGUGACCGCAACUGCCGGGGUGUAGAUGCUCCAGGCACAGCAGGAUCCAGCCGCUGUGUCGGACAGAGACCAGGCUGCUGUGAUCCUCUGAAGACCCCGGUGACGACUGGAAGUGCUUGGUGAACCUCACACAGCCUGUUUUGGAGCCACCGGACACUGGUAUCAGGAGGCAGUGCCCUGACCUCUGGCGACCUGGUGCCAUGACGACUGCAGUCCAGCCCACAGAACUGGUGUUCGAGUUUGCCAGCAACGGAAUGGAUGAAAUAAACCAGCUGGACGACCCGUCGGUGUUCCCCGCGGUCAUCGUGGAGCAGGUUCCGCCCGCAGACCUGUUGCAGGUGUACUCUGGUCUGGAGUCCGACGAGGUGACCAACGGCAUCAUGGUGGACAGUACGCUUCACGUGGUGCAGGCACCGUCCAUUCUCGUGGGCGGUGUGGACCUCUCUGAAACCACAGUUUCCGGCGCAGAGGACACCAUGGAGACCAACGAAGCCGCCGCCGCUCUCCUGAGCAUGGAGUCACCCAACAACAUUUUGGACGAGAAGCGCAUGCUUCACACCUACGGCACUCUGCUGGAGUCGGACUUGACAUACGCUCCUCUGAGGCCUGACCAGAUGGAUAACGGCGCCCUUGACAUGUCGGUGGACGAGGACACUUCGUCCAUGGAUGAGAUCCUGCCCAAGUGUCCCUUGAAGCCGCAGAAAAAAACCAAAGUGCGGAAACCUCGGGCAGUGCGUCCCAGCUCUCCCAUCACAACCCCGAACCUGCCGCUCCGGAAGAAGAGCAAGGAGGGCAAAGGCAACACCAUCUACCUGUGGGAGUUCCUCCUGGCUCUGCUGCAGGAUAAAAACACCUGUCCCAAAUAUAUCAAGUGGACGCAGAGAGAAAAGGGAAUCUUCAAGCUGGUGGACUCCAAGGCUGUGUCCAAGCUUUGGGGCAAACACAAGAACAAGCCUGACAUGAACUAUGAGACCAUGGGACGAGCUCUGAGGUACUACUAUCAGAGAGGCAUCCUGGCCAAAGUGGAAGGCCAGCGUCUCGUCUACCAGUUCAAGGAGAUGCCCCCGGACCUGGUGGUGAUUGAUGAUGAGGACGCUGGUUCGGAUGGGAACAAAACCUAUGGAAACCAAAGGUCUGGCAACGGGAGGUCGGUAGUGCGUGGAGGGUCAAGAGGACACAGCAGAGCCCAAGAAGACUCAAUAAAGCAGAUGAAAAAAGAGCCACUGGAUGAAUGUCUGUACCAGGAAACCAAUGGCGCUCACGUGGAGGAGCUGCUUCAUGUGCUGCAUGCUACCCAGAGCCCUGAUGGUACAGACGAAGCUCUCAGGCGUAUUUCUGCCUCAGUUCCAAUGGUGGUGACAUCAGGCUCGCUCCAGUCGGUGCCCCUCAGCACAGUCCUCCACUCCAUCCCCUCUGGCAUGGCAGGCACGAAGGACGUGCUCACCAUCCAGACCAGCUCUCUAACAGGCGGAAUCUGCAACUUGCAGGACGGUCUCCCACAGCAGCUGCUGGUCACCAGCCUGGCCUCCCCUGCCGUGUCCUCCUCCGUCUCCUCUCUCUGCUCCUCUCCACCGGGGGUCACCGCAGCCUCGCAACUCAACGGAUUGCCCCGGCUCGUGACCAUCAACACCACCUGCGGGCAGACCAUGGUGGCGCAGCAGCCGGGCACCGUCAUCGCCACCGUGCUAAAAUCCACCGACUUUCCUGGGCUGCAGGUGAAAGACGAGAUGAUGGAACCCAACUACUUCCAGUCGAUGGUGAACGGAGAUCCCUCGCUGGCGGUAAACACGUUCGAAAAGGAGGAGAUCGAGGCGGGAGAAGCGGAGCUGCAUUACAGGACUGUGAUUAUUGACAGCAGUCAAAGCCAGCAGGUUCUGGGUGAGACAGUCAUCAAUAAUGGACAUUCCUCUCAGAGCAGCAGCCCUAGUGAGGGUCUCACCCCUGUGGAGGAGCUGGAAGUGCGAGGAGAGAUGUCGCUGCAGCCGGAGCAGGGACUCAAAGGUCUACAUGAGCUGCCCACCUCGAUCCAGCUGCCUGCAAACUUUAUCCAGAUAAAAACAGAACCUGCCGAGGCCUGAGGCCGCCGGACUUCUUUUCUAAAGCUGAACCAAAUGAACCAAACUGUGCUUCCGUCGCCUCUGAGAACGGAGAUGGGAGCGAUGAACCAGGUCAGCCUAAAAGAUUGAAAUAGUUUACGUGACCACGUGCCUAAAUUUAAGGGAGGUUUUCAGGUCUGUUUCAUUUGUUUAUAAAUGUUCAGUGAAAGAUCCAAAAUGAAGUGACCACAUCAUUUGUUUCCAUUUAUAUUUGGUGCAAUGUGGAGCCACUCUGUUAUCAUACAUUUGUAUUUUUUUAUUUAAAAAAAAUAUUAUUAAAAAUUAUAUAAUAUAUUUUUACAUUUAUUUGAUUUUCUUUGGUAUUAUCAUUUAAAUAAAAUAGAUCCUCACCUUCACAUUGACAUUUUGGUGAAAUAAUAAUAUUGAAAUUACUAUUGAUAAGUGUUCUUCUUCCUCAGCAAGUCUGCCGCCUCCACUUCCUCGAUAAUUGUCACAUCUAUCCACUUCCUGUCAUCAAUGGCCACACCAGUUUGUAUUAAAAAAUAUAAGGAAACAUGCAGAUGCAGUUAACUUUAAAAUCACUUCAUCAUGUAUAUUUUAUUACUACAAGAAGAGAAACAUAUUGUGAGAAAUAAGUUUAAAUGGUAAUAAAAAUAGUUUAUUUUUUAAUGUUAUGACAUGCAAAACAUAAAAAUAAAAUAUAAAGCCAUAUAAAAAAAUAUGAAUAAUGUUCAGGGUUUCAGUGUAAAAUGCAAAAACGUGUUAAAAUACCAUUUCUGUUUUUUGUUCCUAAACACAAAUUGUGUCGAUUUCUUCAUUUUGGAUCCUCAACUGAAUAUCAAAUAAACAAAUGAAAUACAAAUUUUUAUCAUUAUGUUUUUUUUUUUGUCUUGUAAAAAUCGGAACUUUCGGAUCCUCUCUGGCAAACACACAGGGAUGCACACAAAAAGACUUGAGGAGCUUUGGAAAACAGCCAUUGGACAAGCCCAUAUGUGCCACUUCGAUGUCGUUCUACCUGAAUUAAACUGGACGUUUUGAGAUAUUUUUUCUUUUUUUUUUUGUUCACUGUGGAAGAAAAACAAAACAAAUGAAACUGGAGCCAGAGUGUCAAAUGGUGCAAUGAUAUCAGACGUCUGAGGAUGUGUGUGAUGAAAAUCCACGCCCGUUCAUGUUCUCACUGAUCCAGACGGUGAAUAAAAUCACAUCUCAGAGUUGAACUGAAGAGUGCCUUACAGGAACCCAAAACAGAGAAGAGCUUUUCUCUCCGAGGAGACGAACAAGGGACGAAUGGAUUCGCAGACCUGUUGCUCAUUUAAUUUCAUACAAGUGAAAGAUUUAUCUUCACUGUUAGUCCUGGCCGUAGAAAGAAACCCACUGUGUUAGUGUGGAAAUGGGCAUUGUCAGUCCAGCACCCGAAUGUUUUGCAUAGAGCCGCAGUCCUGAGGCACAACUGAGCGAAUGUGCAGAAGAAAAUAAUCCGCUCCAGAUUCAUAUCCCUGUUUCCUGUUUUUUUAAAAUAUAAAAUUGAACAUAUAAUUCUGUCUACACAGCUAUUCAAAUAUAGAUAUAUAUAUAUAUAUGUGUGUGUGUAUAUACAUAUAGUAGGCAAUUAAGGUUCAAUUUUACGGUCACAGCAAAUUUAUUUAUUUUGUGAAUUUCUAAAUUCUGUAUAAAAUGGCACAUUUGUAUUCUAUUGAAGUGUAAAAAUGAGGGAACAUAUAGAUGCGAUACCAAGGCUGUCCGGUAUUUGUAUGAAUGGCAUUUUUUCUUCUAUUUUAUAUCAUCAGCUUUGGUAUUUUUCUAACAGAGAGCCGGGAUGAUUUUCUGCAGCUGGGCUACGUUCACAUUACCAUGUUGAAGUGACCGGUCAUCUGUCGGGACGCUCCCGUGGAUACGGCUACCUAAUUCAUAAAAAAAAGUUUAAGUAAAAGAAGUGGUCCGACUGGUAUCUGUGGAACUAAUUCUGAGGUAGACUCACUGAGCAAAAUGAUCAUCCUACUUCUGGCACCAUUUGUGGCCAAUGAAUAGGGAAUAUUCUUGAAAUGCAGGGAAACUCAUGGACAUCGACACCAAAGAACCGGCUCUAUACUGUGCACGCUCAUCGUUCACGCUUCUCCACCUGCAGCAGCCUCUUCUUCCUUUCACUUAGGUGUUUCUUUCUGUGCAAAUGUCCUGUAGCUUCACUUAGUUUUUCUUUGUUCCAUCCUUUCUCCCCACCUGUACUGCACUAGUUAUACUGGGUCAUACUUGGUGUUGACAUCCCUGGAGGUCCACUUGGAUCUCGCUCAUCUGCGAAGCGUGUGGAAGCUGUCGCACAGAUUUAUUGCUGAAAGGCGAGAAAACUUGAGGUGAACUUUGAACAUAAAAAGACAUUUGAUUCUAUUUUGGUUCUAGUUUCUUUCAUUAACAAGCAUUAGAUCCAUUUUGUUGCAGUACGUGGACCAUGAAAAGCGUGAAUGCAUUAAUAGUUAUUGUCAGGGUUCAAGUGCAUUAUGGUCUUGAAUCUGAGUUUUCAUUGUCAUGAGCAUAUCGUGCCGAACAAUUCCAUCACGAUGUGGACCUGGUUCACACUCCGGAGUUGUCGGACUUUUCUUAGUUUUAUGAGAGCUGAAGGACACUGUGGCAGGUCACCAUUACAAUUUCAAAGUGAAUUCUGUUCUCUUCAACACAAUAUUCUUCACAUGACUUUGCUGCGUCUGUUUUGGUCCAGGUCCUGCUCAUAAGAGUGAAGCCGAUCUAAGCACCUAAAGGCUCGACAUGUACUGUGAACGUAGCUGUCAGUCACUCCACUUUUCCUUUUGUAGAUAUCUUCAAGCUUCAGUUUAUUGAAACUCCAGAUGUGCUCUGCUUCCACAGAUGUACCUCUCAGCACCUGGAGCUAUGUAUUGAAAAUGUCUGCUGCAUAAACAUGUUAUUACCAAAUAUAUCUGUCAACAUUUCUCUGGAACGACUUUUUGUUCUUGCAUCUUUCGGGUGCUUAUGCGAGCGUCUUCUCUUCUCGUGCCUCCUUUGUCCAGUGGUCAGAACCUGUGUCCACUCCGUUCUCCUGACGAUGAAGUGGUGUUCAUCUAAAAUGGUACCAGAUCCAAAUUGGCUAUGUAUUGACCUGCAUUGCUGCAAUGCACCGUUCAAAACGUUCCGAUUUUGCAGACACCCUGAAUGUAUCUUUCAUUUCCAAGCGCUCACGCAAUAAUCUUGACAAUCAAUACCACACUGGUCCGAUCUGAAGAGAAUCCCAAUGGUCUAUCAUGUUUCCUGCUUCCUACGAAACCCUGUACCGUUGCCUGGAAGCGCCGCUCUGACACUUUGUUUCAUGUCUAGUUGCAUCUGUUGACUGUCCACAGCCUUUUGCUGAAUAUAGAAUAGAUUUUUAAGAAAGAAAUGCAGAAUUAAAAAAAAC